CUCCCCCUCUCUCUCUCCCCAUCUCUUAUUAGAUAUACUGAUUCCUCCUUUCAAUGGACGUCAUUUAAGCGCAGACUCCUGCCUUGAGUUGCGUCCUCCGCUUCACGCCAGAUUUCCGUCUAUUCUUUCCUUGUUAUUAAGUAUUCCUGUGGUAUUAAUUGUAAUGAAUGCGUUCUGGUAGGAGUCCGAGAGGGAGACGAAGAAGCGGCUCUUUUUUGGGGCUAAUAUGAGCUCGAGCGAAGGGACGGUAGCACUGUGAUAGAAGCCCGGAGAACAGGGGGGAAAAGAGGGUUUACCAAGAGAAACUUUUCAACCUCGAUCGGCCAGCACCGCCGAAUAUCUGCAUUGUUAGAAGCAAAUGAAGGGCAGCUGGGAUCUAACCGUUUAUUUCUGAUGGAUUAUCGUCCUGCUACCGAGGCACAUAUCUGAUCGCCGGGGCCAUCGUGAUCUUUGCAGGAGAGAAGAGUUUUUUCGGGGGCCUUGUUCUUUUUUUUUCUUUUUUCUUUUUUGGGUUUUGCUGGUUAAUUCCUUUUGCUCUUCCCCCCGCCCCUCAAAGACUCCGUGUUUUUGUGAACUGAUUACUAUAAUAAUCAUUUUUUAUUAUUAUUGAGUCGCACCAUAAAUCCUUACAGAUGUUAGUGCACAGUUUUUCCCCGAUGGAUCGUCACGACGGCACCAGCAAUGGGACAGCCAGGCUACCUCAGCUGGGCAGCGUGGGCCAGAGUCCCUACACGAGCGCCCCUCCGCUCUCCCACACACCGAACUCGGACUUCCAGCCUCCGUACUUUCCCCCACCCUACCAGCCCAUCUACCCGCAGUCUCAGGACCCUUACUCGCACGUCAACGACCCAUACUCCCUCAACUCCCUGCACGCCCAACCGCAGCCACAGCACCCGGGCUGGCCGGGCCAGAGGCAGGGUCAGGAGAGCGGCCUGCUGCAUCAGCACCGCAGCCUGCCCCACCAGUUGUGCCGGGAGUAUCGCAGGGAAGUGCUCCUGCCAUCCGGCCACGGCAUCGAUACGGGAUUGUCGGACUCUAUCCCUAUCCAUGGAAUACACCAAUCUUUAGAAGACGUGCAGCCUGUUGAGGAUCAAGGAAUUCACAUCCCCGACCAGACUGUAAUUAAAAAAGGUCCAGUGUCUUUAUCCAAGAACAACAACGUCUCCGCAAUCCCAGUAAAUAAGGACGGUCUUUUCGGAGGGGUGGUUAACCCCAACGAGGUGUUCUGCUCAGUUCCGGGUCGCCUGUCCCUUCUCAGCUCCACAUCAAAGUACAAGGUCACGGUGGCAGAGGUGCAGAGACGCCUCUCGCCGCCCGAGUGCCUCAACGCCUCUCUGCUGGGCGGGGUGCUGAGGAGGGCCAAGUCUAAGAACGGAGGAAGAAGCUUAAGGGAGAAGCUGGAUAAAAUCGGUUUGAAUCUACCUGCGGGCAGACGCAAGGCAGCCAACGUAACCUUGUUGACGUCACUAGUCGAAGGCGAAGCGGUGCAUCUUGCCAGGGAUUUCGGUUAUGUAUGCGAGACCGAGUUUCCAGCCAAGGCAGUAGCUGAAUAUGUAAACCGUCAGCAUUCCGACCCAAACGAACAAGUCCAAAGAAAAAACAUGCUGUUGGCCACGAAGCAAGUCUGCAAAGAGUUCACAGACCUGCUGUCCCAGGACCGCUCGCCGUUGGGAAACUCGCGGCCACAGCCCAUUCUUGAACCGGGAAUUCAAAGCUGUUUGACCCACUUCAGUCUAAUUUCGCACGGUUUCGGAACCCCUGCACUGUGCGCGGCCAUCACGGCCCUGCAGAACUAUUUGACCGAGGCUAUCAAAGCCAUGGACAAAAUGUACCUCAACAACAACCCCAACAGUCACUCAGAUAACGGCACUAAAGGCGGAGACAAAGACGAGAAGCACAGAAAGUGAUCUUUUUUUUUCUCUCUCUCUCUCUCCAUCCCAUCUUCACCGAGGGCCAAACCGGCCCCCCCACGCAGGGGCCCUUCUUCUGCACCGACCCCACACCCUUCCGCCCCGGCGCCCCUCUGCCCCCAACCAUCCAAUAUAAAUAUUAUAAAUACCUUAUAAAUAUUAUUGAUAAAGUUAAACGUGCCACUUCCUGAUCUUGCGCGGUUUUACAUGUUUUUUGUUUUUGUUUUGUUUUGUUUUUACAUCCCACUUUGGAUUGAGGAGCAGGGGGAGGGAAAAAAAAAAAAGAAAAGUCGCAAGAAUCUUCUUCCAUCACCUGAACCAUAUGAAAUGUUAUUUAAAAAAUAAAAAAAGAAAGAAAAGAGGAGAAAAAAGCUGCAGAGGAACAGCUCCAGGGCGAGGAAAAGCUGUAUUGCCUCACCCAGAGGACUUUUUAUGUACUCCCCUUAUUUUUUAUGAGCUGCAACGGAUGGACUGAAAUCCAGCGACCCCUCUAUAUCUCAAUUUUACGAUUGUGACAAAGAAAAAAAGAAGAAGAAGCUAAAAGAGGACGAAUUCUUAUCAGUAUUGUGAAUAGUAAACUUGAAAAACAACGAGAAAUCCCACAGAUCUCCAUGCCAUGACUUCAGUUGUAGACUCUGUCUCUCUCUCUCUCACUCUCUCUCUCUCUCUCUGUCCAAGCGACCAACUUGAACUUUUUUGAAUUUCAACACGAUUCACGGUUAUAUAAGGGAAUCAGUGUUCAUGUAUGUAUAUAUUUAUUUAUGUGUAAUUUAAUGGGAAUUGUAAAUAUGGUGCGUCUGUUGAAACUUCUUUUUUUUUAUUUAUCUGGUGCCUCCUGUUUUAGUGGGUUUGAAUAUUCGGUUAGUUCUUCAUGUGAUUUUAUGGUUCUUAGAAAAACAGAAGUUUGGGGUAAUUUUUCAUUUCUCUGGGAUAUUUCAACUCAGCCCUCUUGUAGCAUGUUGAGGCGACAUUGAAGCAAGUGAACAAAUUUAAUAGAAAUAAACUUCCAAUUUUCUCUCUAUAUAUCAUUCUUAUUCAGUUUUUUUCUUUAAAUUUUAUUUCAGACAGAGCAUAAGUGAGCC